UUCCAUCCAUCUCGGAAAGGAUGGCAGUAGGCUCUCGCUCCCCAGGGCAUGGGGGCCCCCGACGGGCCUCAGCGCAAAACCCCAGGACAUCCCGAGGGGCCACAGCGCAAGGACUCCAGGAUGCCCGUGGGGGUCACAGCGCAAGCACCUCGGGAUGCCCCCAGGGUCCAUAGUUCUGGAUCCCCAGGCCCUCCGGUGGGAGAUUGGAUCCCAGAAACCUGCUUCUGGUGCAGCCAUCGUGUGAUAAUGGAAGCUUAGGUUUCAACCCUGACUCUGCUCCACGGACCUCAGUUUCCCCAACUUUUAAAGGAAAGACGCUAAGCAGAUGUGGGUCCGGCGUCAGCAAGAGCAAAAGUCACCUGCAGCUGGGAUCAGCCGGAACCUGGGCGGAUCUCCUUGGUUUAGGCAGCCGGGCCAUGUGACCUGAUUGCCAUGGCACCUGUGGUCACAAUCGGCCAGGACCGCCUGGUCUCUGAGGCCUCGACCCCGCCCACUCCCGCUUCCCGAGACCUGAGGAGGGCCUUCCUGCCCUUCGGGGCCCACACACCCACGGAGGCACUCCAAGCUUCUGGGGACUCUGUGAGGCGAAGGACAGUCCGAGUCAAACCAGGAGAGAGAAGCGCCUGCAUUCAGGUCUUUCAUCCGCUCUAAUUUGGCUGCAGAGGCUUGUGUUCAAGGGACAUUCACUUUGGAUAGCUUGUUACAGCCCCUUUCGUGACAUCCCUGACGCGUGUGUGUCACAAGUUGCUAGGAUCAAGAACGGAGCCAGACCCUUCCUGUCCUGUGAGACCCAAGGACGACAAUGAACGAGGUGAAAGAGACCCUCCGCAGCAUCGAGCAGAAGUAUAAGCUCUUUCAACAGCAACAGUUCACCUUCAUCGCAGCGCUAGAGCACUGCCGGGAGAAUGCUCAUGACAAAAUCCGGCCCAUCUCCAGCAUUGGACAGGUGCAGAGCUACAUGGAACACUAUUGCAACAACUCUACGGACCGGAGGAUUCUGUUCAUGUUCCUGGACAUCUGCUCAGAGCUCAACAAGCUCUGCCAGCACUUUGAGGCCCUGCACUCCGGCACCCCCGUCACCAACAACCUUCUCGAGAAAUGCAAAACUCUGGUUAGCCAAAGCAAUGACCUGAGCAGCCUCAGAGCAAAGUACCCGCAUGAUGUAGUGAACCACCUCAGCUGUGAUGAAGCCAGGAACCACUACGGAGGUGUGGUCAGUCUUAUCCCUAUAGUCCUGGACUUAAUGAAAGAGUGGAUUGCUCAUUCUGAGAAGCUUCCUCGUAAAGUGCUGCAGCAUGUGAGUGAGGUCCUGGGUAGCCAGGGAGCCGCUGCAGCAACCACUAUCAGACCUGCCCAGCAAUGGUUAGGAAAACACCAUUAUAGGCAGCUUGCAAAAGAGAGCCUCAAAUCUAGGGGGAAAGACAAAGGCUCCCGGAUACCUCCCUGGAGACCACCUGGUGGGAAAUUGUAACUCAAUGUCAACCUUGGCUUCCACGGUUCAUCCAUUCUUACUGGGGGCCAAUACACAAUUGAGAACCUCUCUCUCUCUCUCUCUUGCUUUUCACUUCUAACCUCCGUGUUGAUGAAAGGGAUCCUUACUCAUGGAGCUGCCCAAACAAUGUGGCGUUGGGAGGGGUAUCCCAGAGGAAGGGUGCUGUGCUGAUGCCCAGGCCUCCUGCCCAUGCUGUGGCCUCUGGCUCUGUAGUGAGCAACUGGAGGGGGGCCCACUUAGCUCCUUGUCUUGACAAGGGCAAGACGGAGAUGAGCUGCAAGGUCUCUCAUGAACAAGUUAGGGGGAAGGGAUCAGGAGGCUGAACUCACCUGUGUUGGGAGAGGGAGAGCGUGGCAGAAGUAAGAACUGUUUUGUGGCUCUUGAGCAAGACAAUGGCCUGGUCCCUGUAGCAGUCUAGUCUAUCUACACUGUAAAUGUAUACUCCUGGCUUCUCUGCCCGCCAGAAGUGAGCUCUGACUGUUGGUUUUUCCCUUCACAGGGGACGACUUAGCUUCUGUAUUGUGCUUCCUUGGGGGGAGACAUUCAAGAAUAAAGUGUUCUACCACUUCUC